AUGGCACCUGCAGUGUUGUGUGUCCUCCGUCAGGGCCACCUUGAUACCCAAGACGCCAAGGUGGAUUCCAGCGAGCCCGUCGUGGCAUCUUCUGGUGCCUUGCAACACUUCAUCGCCAACUACCUCAACGGUACACUCACCAACCUCUCGGCCGCCUUCCAGGAGUCGAGCGACUACAUCUCGGGGACCCUGGGUGUCCCGCCCACAUACGUCUACAGUGGCCUCGCCGCCCUCGUGGCCCUUCCCAUCACCAUGUCGCGAUUCGGCUGGUCGCUCAACCGCGAGCAGAGCUUCGGCGCUAUGCCAGGAGGCGUGCCGGACAUUACAAACGAAGAUUUCAGCUACAUUCCCGCCCAGGACUUGGACGAUCCCAGGGUUGAUUACGCCGAUACCCGCUACUUUCCUCGGCCGCGAUCCAGGGGACCUUCGGAGCCUGAAGAUGACAUCUUGCUGAUCAAGAAUAAGGGUGUGACGUAUCCGGCACACUUCCCUGCCUACUCGAUCGGCGAUGGCAAACUAUACGUCAAGGAUGUGCGGGAUCGCAUCGGCAUCUUAAUGGACCUGUCAUCACGCACAACCCGUCGCAUCAAGCUCCUCUACAAGGGCAAGCAGCUGAAGGAGUCGUCUGCCCCAAUUCGCGAAUAUGGAGUCAAGAAUAAGAGCGAGCUCAUGGCCGUCAUACCCGAAGUGGAUGAUGAAAACAGCGGUCGAUCGGAUGACGAAAUGAUUAUUGUGGACGAGCCUGUUCGAAAUGACACAAAGUCCUCGAAAUCCAAGAAGAAGAAGAAGGGAAGCAAGAGGAAAUCUGACAAGAAUGAUCCUGGAUCCCCGACCAGCCCUCUCGACAGCGGAUCAACCGGCGAUGCGGCAAACGGCGCUGUCAUCAAUGCUGCUUCGAAGAAGUUGGAUGAGAUUGAAGACGAAUUCCGGUCGAAAUGGCUCCCCCUAUGCUUGGACUACAUCGACGCGCCCCCCAAAGACCCCAAGAAGCGCGAGGACGAGCACAGGAAAAUAUCCGAAACUGUGUUGCAGCAAGUCAUUUUGAAAUUAGAUGGCGUAGAGACUGAGGGUAUCGAUGAGAUUCGACAGAAGCGAAAAGAACUCGUUAGACGAACCCAAGAGGUGCUCAAGCGACUGGACGCCGCAAAAGCAUCAUGA